AAAGCAGUUCCAUUAUUUUGUCAUUAACGUCAGCCGUCCCUCGGGGGCCCCUUCAGCUCGGGGCCCUAGGCAAUUGCCUGUGUUGCCUGCCCCGUUGCGGCGUCUCUGGCUCUGUCUCACACACAAAGAGGAUGAUGAAGGCAUCACUUUACAACCCACAGCAUUUCCUGUUUUCCCUCAGGAUUUCUCUCCUCCUGGUCCUGGUGACAAUAACAUGGCACAUUUCCGUCACAGAGUGUGCUGAUCUACCUCUCAGUGGGGAGGUUGGUGGGAAUGUGACCAUACACUGCCCCUUUCACAAAGAUAGGAAAAUACUUUUUCUCUACUUCCAAAAGGGCGACACGUUUGUGAAUGGCUACUAUGAAGACAGAGAGAUGGACCACAAAAAAGUGCAGAAAUGGAGUAACACCAGACUUGAUAGAGGCAAUAAUACUGUGUACAUGUACAAUUUAACUGUUGCACAUAGCGGUGAAUAUCAGUGCCACAUCAAGUACAGAAGCGGCGUUUUGAUGGUAAACAAAAUACACCUCAGUGUCACAGCAAACUACAGUAAACCUGAAGUCAAACAGUACUGUAGUGGGGAGGUUGGUGGGAAUGUGACCAUACACUGCCCCUUUCACAAAGAUAGGAAAAUACUUUUUCUCUACUUCCAAAAGGGCGACACGUUUGUGAAUGGCUACUAUGAAGACAGAGAGAUGGACCACAAAAAAGUGCAGAAAUGGAGUAACACCAGACUUGAUAGAGGCAAUAAUACUGUGUACAUGUACAAUUUAACUGUUGCACAUAGCGGUGAAUAUCAGUGCCACAUCAAGUACAGAAGCGGCGUUUUGAUGGAAAACAAAAUACACCUCAGUGUCACAGUCCAAAUUUGUCUGCCCAUGGGUCUACCUGGUUGACUAUAUCCUUCCAGUCCUUGAUGAGGGUGAGUGUGCGCCUGCUGCUGUCUGCAUACUCAGUGAGGUUGAAGGUUGCUGCAGCUCCCCACAAGUCCAGCUCCCUCAGGGCUUCUCUGAUUAUCACUUCUGCCUGAGCACGACUGUUCAGGUCCUAAAUGCAAACACACAUGCACACAUGAUUUGUGUUCAUUCACCAUAUUAUAUACAUUUGAUAACACCAAUACAAGCCCCUAUUACUCCUCUGAGGUGGCAGGCAAUUACUUUUACCUCUGCACCGCCUGUGUGCCCUAUUUAGUCAAAUCUUCAAUGAAACACAGUAAAGGUGUAGAUAUUCUAUGUGGACUGCCAGAAACAUAAAGUUAGGCACUCAAAAUCUAAGAUGAGAGAAACAUGUUGGCAUGUGCUGAUAUGAAACUUUGAUGUACAAUUAUCUUACUGAUAUAAUUACUUGAGAAACACUGCACAUCUGUUAGAUCAUUCUCUAAUGUCCCAAACACUACAGAAAAAAAGGUUUUUGCAUUGUGCACAUAAGAUCGAAAAUAAAAUAAAAUGGUAGACCAAGAUAUGAAUCUUUUCUGAUGCAGGUAAAGAUGUUUUUACAUGAUUGACGUUUGUAAGUAGAGCAGUAAAAAUUGUCUUAAUUUUCAAAUAGGAUUUGACCACUGUCCUCACUGAGAGGAGAAGAAAGGAAAGCAGAGGAGAGGAGAUUAAUUUUCAUUUCUUUGACAGUGUCAAGACCUGCCGUAAAGGCACUGAAAUCUUGUAGGAAGAAACGAAGAGUGUUUGGGGUAAAUGGACAAAGGGAAAGAAAGAUGGAAGGAGCAAAGAAGAGUUGAAAGACUUUAAUAAGUCUUCCAAUAAGUUGGAGAAAAUUCCUCAUGAGAAGCUUUUAAACCAUAAUCCAAUAUGUGUGAGUUUAUGUUAUCUGUUCUUUGACCAUGAGCUGGUGGCUUUCCAUGACAAGCUCCAGUUUGUCCCACUUGGCCCUGAGUGAGGACAGCUAGUCCAGGCCGGCCCCAGCAACUUCUCGCAAGAAGUGAUUCUUCUCCUCAGCAGGUAGGUAGGUAGGUAGGUAGGUCGGUAGGUAGGUCGGUAGGUCGGUCGGUCGGUCGGUCGGUCGGUCGGUCGGUCGGUAGGUAGGUAGGUAGGUAGGUAGGUAGGUAGGUAGGUAGGUAGGUAGGUAGGUCGGUAGGAAGGUAGGUAGGUAUUACUGACAGUAGUGGCUAAUGAGUUACAUUUCUUUGACUGGUACCAAAAAGACCUAUUCUGCACAAACCUCACGCUUUAGAACUAUCAUUUAAGAGAGAUCCUAGCCAGAGUUUAGGAGUGUGUUUUUCUUACUUCAGGUUUGCAGGUUAGUAUCUGGCUGUAUUUGCCACUGGCCGCACCAAUCUCCUCCAUGCUCUCUGGUCGAGUGGACAAGGCCUCCAUUGACUCUGACACAAAACUGUCUAUUGCCUGUGUGUGGCCUGCAAGCAAGAGAGAAGACACGCACAAAUUAAGGAGGAAACAGAAAGGGAAAGAGAAAGUAAGAGCAGAGGGGAUGUCAUUGGUUCAAAAUUAAACAGAACAGAGAAGGAAAGGGAAAAGAUUUGACAACUUUAUUCAAAAAUGCUAUUUUAACGUAUAUAGUGUUUGGUCACUAUAUACAGGCGUGCAUAUACCAAAAACCAAGCUAAGAGAAAUUAAAGUAAAAAGUCAACUGAGUUGUCUGUCUUUACCCUGUAUGGACCUUCUUAGUGAUAAGAGCAGCAGGUCAAACAGCCUCUGGAUCAGGUCAUCGAUGACAGCUUUUACUGGCUCACAGUUGACUGUAAUACAAUCCAUUUUUUCCUGACUGAGGAGGAAGAAGGAACAGAUCAGUGCCUUUCAGUUGUUAAAUGUAUGAAUAAAUUCCUGUUAAUGGUGUCAAUUAA